AUGGUUUCCGGCUGCAUAUACGGCCUCAGCUCAAACGGCCGCAUCAUUAUCGAUUUCAUUGCUGAAUUCUUGGGUUUUCCGCUUGUGCCUCCUUUUUAUGGAUCUCAAAACGCAAACUUUGAAAAUGGAGUCAAUUUCGCCGUAGGUGGAGCAACGGCGCUGGAACGUUCUUUUAUCGAGGAGAGAGGGAUUCAUUUUGCUUACACCAACGUCAGUUUAGGAGUUCAGCUUAAGAGCUUCAAGGAUGCUUUGCCUAAGCUAUGUGGCUCCCCAUCAGGUGUGGAAGUUUCUUUUCUUUUCUGUAUUUAG